UUAUAUCUCAGCAACCACUUGACCGAUUUACAUGCGAAUUCAGAUGGUGGUAACCGUCUCUCAAAAAGGCAUGGACGGACUGCAUGAAGAGAUUGCAGGAAUACGAGGUGAGGUGACCAAUCUGAAGGCAGAGAAUGCCACACCGCAUGGUGAGGUGGUCCGCCUGCGGCAGGCGCUGGUUGAAGAGCGUACUACCCACCAAGCUGCCCUGGAGGAGCUACGUCAGGAAGUCCGCCGGCGAGUGGCGCCAUCUGACCAUUCACAGGGUGACUCUGUGACACGGUCGGCGGACGCUGCGGCCAGCAGCCCCUCACCUCGUGCUGCGCCACCCUCCGGUGCGGGGGACGAACCGCCAUGUAAAGUUCGACGACUGGCUGCGGCGUCCGGCCUUCAGCAGAGGUCAGGUGACUGUGAUGUCGAUGAACCGCUGGAGACUGACGCUGACAGCAAGUGUGACAUAAGACUCUGUACCGCGGAUGACACGGGCCCCAUGAACGGUGUCGGUCCGCACGUCACUGGCUCGCGCUGCCCGCAGUCCGCACAGUGUUCCGCGCGCAGCGCCCUAUGUGUAUCUUCUGGAUCAAGAUUCAAGAUCAUCUGAAGCUGAUAAUGAGCAGGCUGGACAUCAGGGAUAUGUUUCGCGCCAGGCGAGUCUGCCGUCGGUGGCGGUCCGCCGUCGACGAUAUCGUCAGCGACUGUCGGCGGGAGCUAACCGAUCAGAAAACCCGUGGUGGAGAGGUCCCGGCACCGGCCACGAGCCUAGAGCUCGUAUUGAAGGUGCAGAACCAGCCGAAGAUGACCGAACUGCAGGCGCCGACCGCUGAGACGGACACCGACCUCCGACUGGUCGCGGCCACCUGCCACGCCCUGGAAAAGGCUAACCUCCGCGGCUUCAAGCUGAAAGCCUCUGCCCUGCGCCGGCUGGCGCGUGCCAACGCCUCCAGUCUUCGUGAGCUGACGCUGCCGGCCGGUAUCAACGACUGGCAGCUGGAGGCGCUGCUGGAGCCGCUGAAGGCCCUGGAGCGUCUCGAUGUGAGCCCGCCCGUGGACAGCUCCGGCAAGUGGCUGCGACUGCUGCCCAAGUCGAUGAGGAGGCUGGACAUCACUGAUCCACCAGUGUCUGAAUUACUGCCGCUCAUGCGGGCUGCAUCAACGUCACCAGAAGGACCAAAUGGUCUCGGAAGGGCUCCCUGA